AUGGAAGGAAAAGCUAAAAAGGGAGUGUUCCACCGUAUCGGGGGAGCUCUUUGGGAUUGUUUGGAUUAUCCCCCUGAACAGAGAAGGAUCGUUUUAAAGCUGGACCUUACGAUAGUUCUUUGGGGUUCGCUUUCAUCUUUCAUUAAAUAUUUGGAUAAAAGUAAUUUGUCAAAUGCAUACAACUCUGGAAUGAAGGAGUACCUUGGAAUCAAGGGAAAUGAGUUGAACUAUGCAAAUACCGGAUACAAUAUAGCGUCCAUCAUAUUUGGUCUUCCUUGUGCAUAUCUUAUGAAUAGAUAUAAUACGAGAUGGUUCAUUCUUACGAUUGAAGUUCUAUGGAGUAUUAUCACUUUUUGUUUUGUCUCUAUUAAGACUCCAUUACAGAUGAUUGUUCUCCGUACCAUCCUUGGUAUCGUUGAAUGUGGUCAUUUUUCGGCAUUUGUGUUCUUGAUUGGUACGUACUACAACAAGCGUGAAGCUGCCAGACGACAGGUUAUCCUUCAAGCCUUCACUGUUUUAGGUCCUAUGUUUGCAACUUACAUUCAAGCAGGUGCAUCUUCUUCUCUUGAUGGUACUGAUGGAUUGGAUGGAUGGCAAUGGACAUUCCUCAUCGAUGGAAUUGUUUCUGUGUUUGUUAUUAUUUGUCAGGUGAUAUUCAUUCCGGACAUUCUAGAUAGAAUUAAGCCAAACAGAUUCUUCAGCGAGGCAGAUAUUCAGUGGCUGCGUACUAGACGUCCUCCUAUCAAGCGUGAGACUAAGCCUGAAACCAGAUGGGGUGUCAUAAAGGAGCAGUUAAGCUGGCUCAAGCAAUGGCGUGUCUGGGCUUUCUGGGGAUUCGGUGUUUGUCAAGAUAUUAUUUCUCUAUCAAAUCAGUCCACCCAAUUUUGGCUUAAGGGCUGGAAUAAAAUCAAACCUGGGUCAUACACAGUUGCUCAGUUCAACACUCUCACGUCACCAAUGUAUGCAAUUUCUUUUAUGUGUUCGGUUCUAUUUGGAUGGACAUCUGAUACGUGGUUGAGAGGUAGAAGGUGGCCUGGAAUUAUUGCCGCAGGAGUUUGGAGUUUUGCAAUCAUGUUAGCUUUAGCUAUAAUCCCUGUUUAUGGUUCCAAACCUGUCAGAUUCUUCCUUUACUAUAACACUGAUGUUGGACAAGCAGCUUCUGGACUUUAUUGGUGUUAUUCGCAAGAGCUCUUUUCUCAUAAUAUUCGUGAAGCCGCUUUUGUUGCCGGAGGUAUCAAUGUCUGUGCAUACAUAGCUAACAGUAUUGUGAACAAUAUCUGGUUCAAGACCGCAAACCAGCCAUAUGUUCAAACUGGACAUUACAUAUCAGCUGUGUUCGGUCUUUUCUAUGUCGCUAUUGCUCUUGCUUUAGGUCUUACGGAGAAGAAAUAUGUCGCCAAAUUCAAAAUUGGUUCCGAGAAGGAAUCAGAUGAGGAGUCUAUAUCUGCUGAAGAAAGCACAACCAGUCAGGAGGAAGGCUCCAGCAAAAAGAAGGAUUAUGGUGUUGUCGAGAUAUCAAGGUCACAACAAACUGAACAGAAAUGA